CCUCUUCGCCGGACAGUUGUCGCUGGGCUACCCUCAUAAACGUAUUUUUCAUAUUUUUAGUGUUGUGCGCGUUAAAAAUAAAAAAUGAGUUCCACAUUUCGGAUAGCUCUGGUUUCGCUUAUCUGUGCGGUGGUCGUCGCCGGACGCGUCCAUGGGCCGAGAAGGUCACGUAGAAUGGACGCGGAGGACUACAUUCAGAACGAAGUGGACAGCGGCAGAGCCGACGAAAGCUCGUGGUGGCAGUCGCCGGAAUUCUCCAUGUUACAAAAAGUGUACGACGACUGCAGUGCGCAUAAACAUUUAACGACUUGUUUGAAGGGUAAAGCUUUAACGGCACUCACGAGAGCAGUGGAACAGGAGAACGUACAACUGGCCGAUGGAUUGACAUUGGUGAAACAGUCCGAUGCACCUCCUGCGAUAGCAGAGCCUCGAUUCUUCCCUGGAAUGUCAGCAGAAGAAAAACUCGACACAAUGUUGCGCAGAAAAUUCGAACAAUUGUUGAACACUCAUUCUGUGUCACUCGAUUUGUCGACAGAAGGUAGAGGAAGAGGAAAGAAGGUCCUGCCAUAUAUGAUGCUCGGUGUGUUAACCACCGUUAGCAUAGUGGGUGGUAUGGCUCUGAAGACCUUAGCUGUCAUUGCUGGUAAAGCGCUUAUCGCCAGCAAGGUCGCUUUGACAAUCGCCGGUAUCAUAGCCCUCAGGAAACUUUUCGGCCAGGAAGGACCCGCUGCUGAAACAACGUUCCAAGUCCACGCCGAUGGACAUCAUAGGCGGAACCUGUACGUGGUGCGGCCGGUUAAAGAGAGCGCGCUGGACCCUUACCUAUACAAAGGAGAACAGCCAGCGUCUAGCGCCUAAAAGCAAGCCUUCAAACACUUUCCGAACCUCAAAAUUAGUGGUUCUCGUUGGACCUAUUUGUAUGAAAGCCUCAAGCCAAAGCAUUGACACUAUAGUGACAAAAGAACAUUCGAGUAUAUGUCAGUGAAUAAUUUAUUAUAAUUUAUUGUAUUGUGACAUUAUGACAAUUGUAUUAAGCAUAAUUGAAUUUAAAAUAAUUUAUUGA